AUGGGCUUCCCCUAUGACGGCGAGGAUCGCAGGCCUUCCAUCGCUAGCGCCACUACUGUGUCCUCGUCUGGUUCAAAGUCAAGCCUGGGGGGUAGGUACAAAAAGAAGCUGCAAGGCUUCUUCGGCGAGGAGUAUCCGACCCCGGGCGGUAGAGAGUUGAGCAGACAUAACUCGGAGACGAGCUCUCUCCAAGGAGGCGCUCUGCCAUCGUUUGCGCCUGGAGCUGGACCGAGGAAUAGGAAUAAUUCUGUGAACGAUGGGUCAUUGCGCAGUGGACCUCCGAGCCCAACAAGCUCUAGGCCGAGGACGCCCGCACCAGGUCCCGGUCCGAGUAGCGAGGUCACGCCAUGGAUAUAUCAGGAUGUGCAGGAUCGAGCACCAGAAUCGUUCUUCCCCGAGCAGAACAAUAACCGAGCACCCAAGCAUUCCGUCUCGACACAUCAUCGAUUACACUUACCCGGUCACCGACACAACCGUAGCACCGAGGAGAAACCCAGCAUCAGCCAUGGGUAUCCGCUGCGGCCAACGACGAGUCGAGAACAAUCGUUCAGUGCGGCAGCCAGAACCAACUUCGAAACCGCGCAGACCACCACCUCGGCCACAAAUCUGCCAACCACAAGCGCCACACUGGGUAAGACGCGCGCUGAUACCAAGUCCAUUGCCAAGCCCUCGAAAGCAACCAUUCGCACGGAAGCCAUCAAUAAUGCUGCUGCGUCGUCUACUAACAACAUCGCGGCGAUGUCUGCUCCUCGUAAGGAAUCACGCUUGCCCUUCAAAACGAAGCGCACCGAGACUGCGUCAGAUCUGCGUGCUAGGGAUCCCAAUGCGCGCACGCCGGAGGCCGAAGGCUCUGCAAACGUUUGGCAUCUUGACACGGAUAUGUCACAAAUGGAGGGCAUUGUUGAUCACCGACAACCACUCAUGACGCCGCCGAGUGGAGAAAUAUAUACCGGAUGGCCUGGCGAACAACCAGUCGCGAAACAACUUCAGCCGCAAGCUGGAGAUGACAGUGGCGGGACGUGGGACGCGCCUGAUUCAUGGGCCGUGAAGCGUAUGCCGGAUGUGAAUCAGGAACGUCUCACGGAGCUCGACGACAAUGGCAAUGUGCAGCGGGAUGAGGACCCGGGACCUAUGUUCUUCAUGCGGAUAUUCAGGGCAGACAGCACCUUUGCCGUCAUCUCUGCGAGCUUGAACACCACCGCUGCGGAGUUGAUCAGCAUGAUGGCGAAGAAAACAUUUUUACAGGAUGAGUUGGAUAAUUACCAAAUCGUCAUGCGAAAGCAGGACACAAGUCGACAACUGCAGCAAGGAGAGAGACCAUUGGUGCUACAGAAGCGGCUUCUUGAGAUGGCCGGCUACGAGUCGAAUGACCGGCUUGAGGAUUUAGGGCGCGAAGAUCAUGGCUACCUAUGCCGCUUUACCUUCUUACCAGCCAAGAUGAGCGGCUACUCAUCUCUCGAGCGGGAUCCAGGCUUCAACAAGCUACAGCGGUUCAAUCACAUUGACCUUGCUGGGCGGAAUCUGGUGACCAUACCGAUCGCGCUGUAUCAGAAAGCGACUGAGAUCAACACGCUCAAUCUUUCGCGAAAUCCAACACUCGACAUACCGAAAGAUUUCGUGCAGAGCUGUACCAACCUGCGCGAGAUCCGGUACACCUCCAACGAGGCCUGGCGCAUCCCACCGAGUCUACCGUUGGCGGGAAAGCUGACGAUGCUCGAUGUCUCCAACAAUCGACUUGAACAGCUCGAUCAUGCCGAACUCUGGCGCGUGAGUGGGCUUGUGAGUCUAAAACUGAGCAACAACAAGCUCAUGAGCGUGCCAUUAUACUUUGGCCAAUUCCACGCGCUGCGUAGUCUAAACCUGAGCUCCAACUCGCUAACCGAAUUCCCGGACGCGUUAAGAGAACUCACUACAUUGGAAGAUCUAGAUGUCAGCUUCAACUCUAUCUCAGCGCUAGGGAAUAUAGGUGCGCUAACGAACUUGGGACGCUUGUGGGCGACGAACAACAAGCUCUCUGGACCCUUUGACGAAUCGCUGAAAGCGCUUGUCAACCUCAAGGAGAUUGAUGCGCGCUUCAAUGCCAUCAGCAACAUCGAUGUGGUAUCGCAGCUGCCACGACUGGAACAAUUGAUGUUGGGACAUAAUUCCAUCUCGCAGUUUGAAGGGUCAUUUACACGACUGAAGAAUCUCUUCCUCAAUCACAAUCCGGUGACAAACUUUGACCUCAACGCGCCGGUACCGACACUGAGCGUGCUGAACCUGGCAAGUGCGAAGUUGGCUCGCUUGCCGGACGCGCUGUUCAUUAAGAUGCCGAACUUGACGAAGCUGACAAUCAGCAAGAACCACUUUGUGAAUCUCAGCCCGAACUUUGGUUUGCUCAGUAAGCUGGAGUAUCUGAGUCUAGCGAAGAACGAGUUGAGCCGGCUGCCGGCGGAGAUUGGACGGCUUACUGAGCUACGAUAUCUAGACGUGCGGGAAAAUAAUCUGGGUGUGUUACCGCCCGAGAUUUGGUACGCCAGGCGUCUGGAGACACUGAAUGUUUCCUCGAACGUGUUGUCCGACUUUCCGAAGCCGGGUGCACCCUUACCGCCGCUGCAGGAUGUGGCCAGUACGCCAGGCACUGCAGCACCUACCCUGGCCACCAGUCCAGAAUUCGAGGAACUCGGCAGGCUUGAAGACUUCCAAGCGCGAAGGCCAAGUCAGGCGAGUGGUAUGCUUUCCGUCUCAUCUUCUCCCGGUACGGUGAGUCGGAAGGGCUCAGUGGUGUCAUACAGCUCAAGCAAGCCAAGUAUGGUCGCCCGGCAAAGCACCGCUAGUUCCACCGGGACCAUUACACCUACAAGCCGGAAGGACUCGACGUUGAGCAGUAGACUUGCGACAACGUUUGCGACGAGUCUGCGGCACCUCUUCCUUGCGGACAACCGGCUUGAGGACGAUGUGUUCAAUGAGCUUGUACUCUUACCUGAGCUGAGGAUCUUGAACUUGUCAUACAAUCAGCUCUAUGACAUUCCACCGAGAACGAUCAAGCGGUGGACACACCUCACUGAGUUAUACUUAUCCGGCAACGACCUUACCAGCCUGCCGAGCGAGGACUUGGAGGAAGGUAGCAGUCUGAAGGUUCUGCAUAUCAACAACAAUAAGUUUCAGGUCCUGCCCGCCGAGUUGGGCAAGGUGCAGAAACUGGCUAUUCUGGAUGUGGGGAGCAACAUGCUCAAGUACAAUGUCUCCAACUGGCCGUACGAUUGGAAUUGGAAUUGGAACCAUCAGCUUCGGUAUCUCAACCUUUCUGGGAACAGACGGCUGGAGAUCAAGCCAAGUCCGCAAACAUUGAGUGGCAGAGAGGCGCGCGAUCUCACAGACUUCUCGUCGCUCAUCAACUUGCGCAUUCUCGGGUUGAUGGACGUCACGCUUACGAUCCCCAACAUGCCUGACCAGUCACCGGAUCGGAGAGUACGAACUGCCGGCAGUAUUAUCGGUACGAGUAUGCCGUAUGGUAUGGCGGAUACCCUUGGGCGGAACGAGCAUCUGUCCACGCUUGAUAUGGUUGUGCCGCGGUUUCAGGGCCACGAAGAUGAGACCCUCAUUGGCCUCUUUGACGGACAAAGUCUAACUACAGGAGGCAGCAGGGUGGCCAAGUAUCUGCAUGACAAAUUCAAGCACCACUUUAUUGAGGAACUGGACCGACUUAGGCAGGGCGAGACGCCAGCCGAUGCCCUCCGGCGGACGUAUCUCGGCCUGAACAAAGAGCUCGCGACAGCCGCAACGCAGGCGCUGGAUGCGAGGGAGCACCCAAGCAGUGCGCUUGUGCACCGAGGUAGUGUCUCCGGGCCUACACUUGAGGAAGAAGAUCUCAAUUCUGGCUGCGUCGCCGCCGUCAUGUAUCUGCACGGCAUGGAGCUGUACGUGAGCAAUGUCGGUGACGCUCAGGCCCUGUUAAUUCAGUCCGAGGGCGGGCACAGAGUUAUGACAAGGAAGCACGACCCUGCAGAGACUACGGAGCGAGCCCGCAUUCGGGAGGCCGGGGGUUUCGUCUCUCGGCAGGGCAAGCUGAACGAUCAGCUUGACAUUUCGAGAGCGUUUGGGUACGUGCAGCUGACACCUUGCCUUAUUGCGGCCCCGUACGUCUGCAAGGUCGAUAUUAAGGAAUCCGACGAGUUGAUUCUGCUGGCUUCGCGUGAAUUGUGGGAUUAUCUCACCCCAGACUUUGCGGUCGACGUAGCGCGACAGGAACGGGGCGAUGCAAUGCGUGCUGCGCAGAAGCUGCGUGAUCUCGCCAUCGCUUUCGGCGCUACGGGCAAGAUUAUGGUGAUGAUUGUCGGCGUUUCGGACUUGCGAAAACGUGAACGGGCACGAUAUCGGACACAGAGCAUGAGUAUGGGACCGUCCGGCUCACCGGACGACUACUUCAGCACUGUCGCUCGGAAGCCGAACAGACGACGUGAUGCUGUCGGAGACUCGAAGCUCGCACGACUGGAUCAGGAAGUCGAAGCGCCAACCGGCGACGUAACGCUUGUCUUCACAGAUAUCAAGAAUAGCACGAUCCUGUGGGAGACGUAUCCGAUCGCAAUGCAAUCUGCCAUCAAGAUGCACAACGAAGUUAUGCGACGACAUCUCAGGAUCAUCGGCGGUUACGAGGUGAAGACUGAGGGCGAUGCUUUCAUGGUCGCCUUCCCUACAGUCACAAGCGCGUUGCUGUGGUGCUUCACCAUUCAGAGCGCGCUGCUAGAGGUUCCGUGGCCGCAAGAGAUCUUGUCGAGCGUGCAUGGCGAGGAGGUGUGCGACGCAGACGGCAAUGUCAUCUUCCGCGGCUUGAGCGUGCGUAUGGGUAUUCACUGGGGUCGACCGGUAUGCGAGAUUGACCCUGUAACGAAGCGCAUGGAUUACUUUGGCCAGAUGGUCAAUCGCGCAGCGCGUAUUGAAGGCGUGGCAGACGGUGGCCAGAUCUGCGUGUCAUCGGACUUUAUUCGCGAGGUGCAACGAAUGCUCGAAAGCCACAUCGAAAGCGACAGGUCGGGUUCCACUGGCUCCGAGGAGACACUCAGCGAUGACUUGAUGAGCCAGGCAAUCCGCCGCGAGCUCCGUUCACUCAGCAGCCAGGGGUUUGAAGUUAAGGAUCUUGGUCAACGGACGCUCAAAGGUCUCGAAAACCCAGAGUACAUUUACCUCAUGUACCCGCAUUCGCUGGCGUCUCGCCUCGUGGUGCAGCAACAGAAGGCUGAAGCGGAGUCGCGGGCACAGGUUGAGCGCCAAAAUCAUGCGGCGAAGGCGAAGAACAGGGAUCUGACCGUGGACACGCAGAAUGUGUGGGAUCUGUGGAAUGUUAGUCUGCGGCUGGAGAUGCUGUGCAGCUCCAUGGAAAGCACAGGCCAGUCGAGAUUGAAGCCACCGGAGACGGCGCUUUUGGAGAAAAUGAAGCAAAGGGAAGGCGAGGUGACUGAUCGGUUCUUGGUGAACUUCGUUGAGCAUCAGAUCAGUAGGAUUGAGACCUGCAUCACCACCCUCGCCAUCCGCAAUAUGAUGCGGCCAUUCAAGGACGGUAUGCUUGCCCAAGCCUGCCCCAUGUCCGACAUUCUGAGCGAAAUGACAACGCAGCUGGAGGAGUUGAGAAUGAUGAAAGAGCAGGCCGACUUCGACAUUGCACCUGCGUAG